AUGCACAUCCCACCUCCCCCAGUAACUCAAGCUUUGUCAAGUGAAACCUUUCGUCGUCCUCCUCUAAAUGGAUCUAUCACUCUCUGUGAAAUGUAUGACUGGCAUGCACAGAACACAUCAAACCACCGUCUUUUCGUGUUUGCACAAGAGGAUGGGACCACGAGAACCAUCUUUUGGCCCGAGGCGGUCAAAGCAGUUUGGACUGGUGCGAGGUUGAUACGGGAUCGCGUGUCUUCGGAAUCCCUCGAAAAGACACCGAUUGUGGCAAUUGUUUCAAUGUCAGAGACCAUAUCCUAUUUCAUCACAAUGAUGAGUAUUAUACGUGCCAACUUCAUUGUUUUCCCAAUCUCUCCCCGCAACUCACCUCAAGCAGUUGCUCACUUGAUAUCUAAAGUCAGUGUUGAUCACAUCCUGAUGGGUCAUGAAAGUUCUAUGCAGGAUCUAGUGAGAGAGGCCCUCGAAAUAGUCAAAACCUCCGCUAUGAACCAUGUCCCUCAAGUCUCACUAGCACCAUUUUUUGAAGACCUGUUUCUGGAGAAUCCUGUUACCAAUGCAGAUGAUCUUCCUUUCAAACGUCGGAAUCCACAUGACAUUUUGUUUUACAUUCACUCUUCAGGGUCUACUGCACAUCCCAAGCCAAUUCCCUGGACCAAUCACAGAUUUUUAGAGCUUUCUUUGAUUCCGUGGUUUGGCGAACAAGAUCUAUGUGGCAAGAUUCUUUCAUUGCAUGUAAUGCCUAUGUAUCAUGGUAUGGGCAUUCUGCAACUUUGCUGGACUGCAUCUACUGGGGUUGUUGUUGCAACCUUCAAACCUCAUUCUCCAGCAAUUCUACCCACCCCGGAGAAUUUGUUUGAAGCAGCAACAGCAACUAGAAGUGAUAUUCUUUUCUGCGUCCCCGCCUUCAUUGAGGCUUGGUCUAGAGUCCCUCGAUAUGUUGACUGGCUUGCUACACGGACUGGAGUGCUGUUCGGGGGUGGUCCAUUAAACAAGAAAGCUGGAGAUCUUCUCAGUUCAAAAGGUGUUUCCAUUUUUGUUCUAUAUGGGUCAACCGAAACGGGUAUUGUGAGCUCACUGAUUCCUGCUAGCCCUAUAAGUGACUGGGAGUAUUUCCCCCUUUCGGGUGUUAUCACUGCACACAUGAUGCCUCAUGGAGAGAAUAGGUUUGAACUCAUUGUGGUGUCCAAUGAUUUUUGCAAACCCAGUGCUUUAAACACUAAGAUUGAUGGAAUAGAUGCGUAUGCCACAUCCGAUCUUCUGUUGCCUCAUCCUACCAUGUCAGGUUAUUGGCGUGUAUUUGGAAGAGUGGAUGAUCAGAUCAUUCAUAACACUGGAGAAAAGACAAACCCUGUCCCUCUUGAAAACACCUUGAAUCAGGAUCCACAUGUUGCAGCUGCAGUGAUGUUUGGACGUGGUCACUUCCAAGCUGGAAUCCUUGUUGAACCAAAGCCACCAUACAAAUUCGAACCUUCUAAUGAGACAAAACUCAGUGAAUUCCGAAACAAGCUGUGGCCGACUAUAGAGCAAAUGAAUAAUUUCGCACCCCAGCAUUCCCGUGUUUUCAAGGAGAUGAUUCUGGUCGCAAGUCCUUCCAAGCCAUUCAUGUAUACUGCAAAAAAUACAACUCGCCGUCAAGCUAUUUUAAAUCAAUAUGAAGAGGAAAUUGAAGCUGUAUACAAAGCUGUUGAAGAAACUACCCAAUCGGAUAUUCCUGCUCCAGUUGAAUGGAACCCACUAUCUACUAAGAGCUUUGUCCGCAAUAUAGUGACCCAAGUAUUAUCUCACACAGUCAAGGAUGGGGAUGAUAUCUUCCAAUAUGGAUGUGACAGCCUUCAGGCCACUUGGAUCCGGAAUACUAUUCAUCGUGCUCUCCGAGAAUCUGCAGAGAUCGACAUUAGACAGUCAACCAGCAACUUUGUCUAUGAUCAUCCAACAAUCAAUCAGCUUGCCCAGCAUGUUUUGUCAGUAGCGUUGGGUGAGGAAGGUACUGGGGAUACUUUUCAGGAAAAUAAGGUCAAGACAAUGGAGCAGAUGGUGAAGAAGUAUAUUGCAGACCUUCCUGCGGCUCCUUCCGAAGUCAAGCAGGUAUCACAUCUUAACCAGAAAGUAGUGCUGCUUACUGGAAGCACCGGGGCAUUGGGAAGUCAUAUUCUUGAUGAACUGGUGAAGUAUAAAGGAGUCAAGAAAAUAUAUGCUCUGAACCGGAAAGGGAUUGACGGACUUGCUGAUAGACAAAGGAUGGCAUUCAAGGAAAGAGGACUCAAUGAACCUGUUGAGGACAUAGAGUGCCAGCGUGUUGUUCUUUUAGAAGGCAAUACUUCCGUCAGUAACUUCGGACUUGAAACUAUAAUUUUCAAUGAGAUAGCAAGUUCUGUGACUCACAUCAUUCACAAUGCGUGGCGGGUGGAUUUCAAUCCGGGACUGUCUUCAUUUGAGUCUCACAUCAAGGGUCUCCGAAGGGUUGUGGAUUUUUGCAUUACAUCUCAAGCAAGUUUGUUUUUCACAAGUUCUAUCGGUGUUCUCACAUCAAUGCCCCCUGAGGUAGCACCUCCACCGGAAGCAUCUAUUCCUCCUGAAUUUGCUCUAUCCAAUGGAUAUACGCAAUCAAAAUGGGUUUCAGAGCAAAUUCUUGAUGCUGCACAUAGAAACAGUGGCUUGAAAUACCUCAGCAUCCGCGUUGGGCAGCUCACCGGAGCAAUCAAUGGCGCAUGGAAUGUCAAAGAGUGGUUUCCCUCCAUGAUACAAGCUUCAAAGAUCCUCGGAUAUAUUCCAUCUGAUCACCGAAAUAUUUCCUGGAUCCCUGUAUAUCAUGCAGCAGCCACGAUUGUAGAUUUUGUCAACAAUGGAUCAAUUCAUGACAACCAGCAUGUACACCUAAUCCAUCCUUGCCCAGUUCCUUGGUCUUCACUUGCUUCAGUAUUUGCCAAAAAACUUGGCCUCGACAUUGUUGAAUACCGGGACUGGUUGGAUAAGCUCAUGGAUAAAGGAGAUACAAGAGAAAUGCAUUUGGUACCUUUCUUCCAGAGAUUAGGCCAGGGAGAAGUUGCAGAGAACAGAGAAGCAUUCGAAAUGCCUAAAGUACAGUUGAAGUCGGCCCUCGCAGCAUCAGAAACAUUGAGGGAACAGAGCCGUGAAAUCCAAGAGGAAGAUGUAGAGAGAUGGUUGGCAUAUUGGGGAAAUGUGUAA